CACAUGUGAUUGAAUAUGACAGACUCUCCAGCGGAGGGACCAUAUGCACAGGGCAGGCAGUGGCCCAGGGAAAGCGCCCAUGCUUUAACACGCUUUUGCUUCUGCCUGCCGGCCCUGCUUCUCCCUCUGGUAUGCUUACCCAUCCUCUCAGAAAGCACGUGUUUUAAAAAUCUUUACUCAGGCCUUGUGUACGGUGCAUCAGCAGUGUUCUUUGAGGUGAAGGAUGGCAACGGGACAGCUUGUAUAAUGGCCAACUUCUCUGCUGACUUCUUGACCAGCUAUAAUACCCAGAGUGGCUCUAAGAAUUCGACCUUCAAACUGCCACCUGGUGCAGAAGCAUUAGAUAGCAGCUCCUGUGGUAAAGAGAAUGCUUCUAACCCCAGUCUCAUCAUUGCUUUUGGAAAUGGACAUACACUGACCCUCAAUUUCACAAGAAAUACUACACGUUACAGUGUCCAGAUGAUGCGUUUUGUUUAUAACUUGUCCGACACACAGAUUUUCCCCAAUGCAAGCUCCCAGGGACCCAAGACUGCAGAAUCCAUACCUGACAUCAUGGCAGACAUAAAUAAAAAAUACAGAUGUGUGAGCAGCAACCAGAUCCACAUGAAUAAUGUCACUGUCACGUUCAUUGAUGCCACCAUCCAGGCAUACCUUUCAAAUGAUAGCUUCAGCAAGGAAGAGACGCACUGUAUCCAAGAUGAAUCUUCUCCAACAAUGUCGCCUCCAACCCCUCCCCACCCUUCACCGUCCCCAGUGCCUGAGAGCCCCUCAGUGCACAAGUACAACGUGAGUGGCACCAACGGAACCUGUCUGCUUGCCAACAUGGGGCUGCAGCUAAAUGUCACCUACAAGAAGAAGGACGACAAGACUGUGACCAGAGUAUUCAACAUUAACCCAGAUAACACCAAAGUCGGUGGGAGCUGCACUACCCAGCAGGUGACCCUAGAGCUCCAGAGUGAGGCCAGCACUUUCCUAGCCUUCCAAUUUGGAAAGAAUGCGAGUUCCAGCCGUUUUUUUCUGAAAGAAAUCCAGUUGAACAUGACUCUUCCUGACGCCAAAGUGCCCACCUUCCAGGCCUCCAAUAGCUCGCUGAGAGCACUUCAGGCCACUAUGGGGAAUUCCUACAAGUGCAACGCCGAGGAGCACAUUUGGGUCACAGAGGCCUUUUCUGUCAACAUUUUCAAAGUGUGGGUCCAGGCUUUCCAGGUAGAAGGUGACAAGUUUGGGUCUGUGGAAGAAUGUCAGCUGGAUGAGAAUAACAUGCUGAUCCCCAUCGCCGUGGGCGGUGCCCUGGCAGGGCUGGUCCUCAUCGUCCUCAUCGCCUACCUCAUCGGCAGGAAGAGGAGCCAUGCUGGCUACCAGACGAUUUAGCCCGGCCGCAGACCAGCAGAAGCUGCAGGGCUCUGUUCAUUUCCCUGAGCUUAGGUUGAUGUUGAGGGAGGCACACUUUAUUGCAAACUGAUUUUCAGAUCUGCUUUAUCCAAUGUGAAGUUCAUCUUGCAACAUUUACUAUGCACAAAGAGUAACUAUUGCAAUGACGGUGUUAAUUUUGCUAAUGGGGUUAAAUAUUUUGCUAACUGGUUAAACGUUAAUAUUUACCAAAGUAGAUCUUUAAGGGGGGGAGGGUAAGAGUGCUUUUCUAAAUGGGCACUGGCUCCACUAUCAUUUGACUUUUUAAGGUUCUGGUGUUUAGUUUCUCUUCAUUCUUGACUCAGAUAUAAGCCUUACAAAGGGAGGUUCUGUGGUCUUAACACUUACAACUAAUGAAGGCUGGCUAACUGUUAGACUGACACAGUUCAUAAAUUAGUAGACAGAAGUACUUCAGAAGAGGAAACUCUGGAAUGCUUAAAUUAAGCUUUAGAAGCCAAGACAGCCCUGGCCCCCACAGGCUGCAUAGCUGAGCAUUAAAGCGAUUGGUCUUUCCAUGCUCUACCACUCAAGAGCUGGCACUUUUUUAAAUAGAAAAAUGGGUGUUAUUUUUACUUACUUUUUUUUUUUGUAAAGUGAUUUUCAAUCUUCUGUUUGAGGUUCAGGGUGAUCCUGUGUCUGCAGUUGUGUACAAUAAUCUGUUCCACUCUCUGAUUUAUCCGCUUGCAGCUCGGGUGGGCUGUGCACUGAGGAUCCCUUCAUUUAAUGCAUUGCCGUAACAAUGCUAAUAAAAUGUCUCUUUCUUUCU